AAGAAAUCAGAAAUAUGAAACAUUCUCAUGGCGAAUCUGUUCUUCAGCAUCUUACUGAAAUUGCAGACUUGAUAAAAGAACUGGAACAAGCAAGAAAAAAUGUGCAUGAUCUCCUUGAAGUGGAAACCAUUGAAGUUAGCAAACUUCGUUUCAAAUGUUCAAAUCUACCUCAUGAGUUCUGUAAGGAAAUAGAAGAUGCAGUUUUUGCCACUCGUAAUUCCAAUGCAUCUCAGCUUAACCAUUUACAGACAGAACUGAAAAGUAUUACUGAUGAAAUAGAAUUGACAGAGGAGAAACAAAACCGUCUGAAAAAACAAAAUCGCUUUUUAAUUCCUGAACUAGAACGAUUGAAAAUUCAACAUGUUGAUGUAAUAGAGCAGUUGAACCAGCAGAUGGCAGAGAAAGCCAACAAACGGAUUAUAUUAAAUGACACCUAUGAUAAAGUAAGAGGUGCACAGAAGGCAGUGGUAAACCUAAAAGAUGCAAUUGAAGACAUGGAAGAAGUCAUGACUAAUGAAAGAAAAGAGUUUAAUGAAGAAAAAGAAAGACUUAUGAAAAAGAAUAGAGAUUCUAAUCCUGUAAAGUGUUUUUCUUCAGGUUCUCCUCCUGAAGAAUGUUCUUUGUCAAGUACUGUUGCCAAUAUGAGGGAUUUUCAGUGGGAACAAAAAGACAUGUCUGAAUCUUAG